AUGAAACGAUUGAAAGAACUUGGCAUUAAUCUCACACAAAUUAUCUCCAUAACAACGGAUAAUGGGAAAAAUGUGCUGAAAAUGGUGAGAGACUUGGAAGAGCAUCUCCAAAAGUCUGUUGAUGAUUCAAAAAAUAAUCAAAAUCCGUUGACUAUGACACCAUCCAAGUCAAAACAACAAAGUAAUUCCGAUGCCAAUGCCGACGAAAUUGAUCAUGAAAUCGAAUGUGUUCUCGGUGAGCCAGACAUUUCGGAUGAUACCGCACUUGAGCUUCUAUUCAGUGAAUACAUUGAUCCGACUGAAGAGCCAACCGAAAUGGAAUUGACUGCAAAUCAAACUCUGUUGAAUGUUAUGUCAUCGAACUUAUCAAGUAUUCAUGAUUUGAAUGUGAUGUGGGACAUAACGGGUGUAAACUGCUCAGCACAUACGUUGCAGCUGGUCACAAAUGAUGCAAUCGGUGCAAUGGAGGACAAACAUCGAAACGUAAUUGAGUUGUGUCGACGUGUAGCCAAGUUUUUGCGGAAAGAAUCGACCAUCAUCACCUUAAAAAAUACGGAAAAUGCUUACGAGAAGAAGCCGCGUUUGGAUGUUAGUACUCGGUGGUGUUCAACAUACUUUAUGAUGGAUGAUGUGCAUGCAUGCAAAAAGGCGAUCGAAUUCCUCGCAGAAAAAUAUGCCAGGAAUAAAAAAUUGAAAAUGUUCAAACUACUGCUGAAAAAGUGGAACACGUUACGAGAGCUCAUCGUAGUUUUGCAAGUUCCAUACAAAGCGACAGUGGCCCUUCAAAAUCAUCGCAUCACUCUGUCGGACGCAUUCGGAAUAUGGCUUAAAAUUGACAUUCAUUUGUCACUGUUGUGCAAUAAAAAAUCAUAUAAAACCAAUCUAGCAAGAUUCAUGCUUGAAUCUUAUCGAAAUCGAAAAGACGUUAUUUUCAAUAACCCAGCGAUGAUCUGUGCAUUGUAUAUGGACCCGCGUUUUCGUGGAGAAAUUAUACGCAACCAAGAAAAGAAUGAACAGGCAAAACGUUUAUUGUCCAACUUGUGGCGUCGCAUUCGAGCAGUUGAAGCACAAGGAAUGACAGAAUCGUCAGAAGAUCAAACGAUUGUGGUGGAUGAAUCGACGGAAAAUUGUUCGGGAGAAUCAUCCGAUUUGAACAUGAGUAUUGAUUUUGAUAAUCCAGCUCUGUUGAAUAAUUAUUUGGCUCGCAAUCAAACACAACAACUUGGAAUGACUCAGUCCGACUCAGCACCGAUACUGCAACAUCGUGGCGAUAUCGAUGACAUGGAAAUGCAAAUUGAAUUAUUCGAUCCACCUCAUCUCGACUCAGAAGCGAAAAUCCUGCAUUAUUGGGCCAACGAAAAAGAAAAAAACGAGAAUAUGCAUCAAUUGGCAAUGGUGGUAUUUGCGAUACCCCCAACGGAGGUGCAGAUUGAACGUGAUUUCUCGCGGUUGGAGCAUAUUUUUAGCAAUCGUCGAUACAAUUUGUCUCCAAAUUUGGUUGAUGAUAUUCUCUUGAUUCAUUUAAAUAAACAAUUAUUUGAUAUG